AUGGCAUGGCCUGGCAUGGCACGGCGUGGCAGAUGGCGAGGCGCAGAUCAGAUAGAGCCGUGCUUGCAGCCGCCUGCUACGGUAGCCAAGCAGGCCACACGCCGCACGUACAUACACAUCCGAACAGCGCUACGCAUAGCCGCGGCCGACGACGGGCGACCAAGCAGCGUCACCAAGCACGCCGUCUGCUCAUCGCCCGAAGCUGCGGGCACGGGCAUGGCCCCGGCUUUGCAUCGCACGCCUCGCCUGCUGGCAUGUGACGGCCAGCAGGCGUACGGCCGUACCCGCUCGCUUGGCCUCUCCUCCCGUCGUCCGCCUCCUUCCAGCCCUCGCCCGCGCCAUCAUCCAAGCGCCCUCGACGACGGCAAGCAAGGGUGGCCCCGACUAGGCCAGACCAGGCCAGGCCAGGAGCUACGCGCUCUGCAACGACCUGCCCCACCGGUGAAGUACCUCCCUCGCCUGCCCCGCCGACAUUCCCGCGUCAAAGCUCGCCCACCGACGCCGCUCCUGCGCUCCGUCGAUCGCACCAGCUCACAGCUCGCAUCCUGCGCCAGAAGACAUCUCGCCCUUGGCCUGCCUUGGCUUGGCUUGCUGGUCGUGCCCCCUCAAUCUCGAUACGCUCUCGUCACCCCUGUCUGCAACAGAUGA